CCGGCGUGUCUGCUCUAUACACAAAAAGCCGGUUAUCUCUGUCAGUUUGUUCUCGACGUUCUCGCGAGUACGCAUUUUUUGCAUCUGCGACGGAUGGUCUUACGCGCGUUACGAGCUCUUCAUAGUGUCUUUAUCCCGUUUCGAAUUAAGAGAUUUUAUCAAAAAAGUUUUCAGAACAACUUUAACCAGAUUAUUCUCAUUCACAAUGGGCUUUUGUGAAAUCGUUGGAUUGUUUGUUAUCUUGUACUUCUUGUUCUACGCUAUAUUUCCCUGGUUUUUGGACAGUGACGUAGAACUCGCGUUUUACGAAAAAUGGGGCAGGCCUAUAGAAAGCUUGCGAGGCAAAGUAGUUUGGAUAACUGGAGCCUCGAGUGGGAUUGGUGAACAUUUGGCAUACACGCUUGCGAAAGUUGAUUGCAAAUUAGUGCUGACUGCGCGCAGAGAAAAUUUAAUCAACGAAGUCAAAGAAAAGUGUCUCCGAAUUAAUGCCAAUCUCAAGGAAACUGAUGUCGAAGUGCUCCCUCUCGAUAUCACCAAUACAGACCUUCACAGAGAUGCUUUUGAUCGUGUUAUUUCCAAAUUUGGCAAACUGGACAUUUUGGUCAACAAUGCUGGAAGAACUCAGAGAGCAAACUGGGAAGAUGUGGAUAUUGAGGUCGACAGGGAAGUUUUCGAGUUGAAUGUUUUUUCCGUCCUCUCAUUGAGCAGAUUGGCGGUGAAACAUUUUACUGAAAAUGGCCAAGGGCAUUUAGUUGUUACAUCGAGCAUCGCGGGCAUUCGAGGGGUGCCAUUUUCAGCAUCUUACACUGGCAGCAAACAUGCCUUGCAUGGAUACUUCGAAUGUUUACGAAAUGAAAAAAUGGGCCAAAAUAUUGCCAUUACAAUGGUUUGUCCCGGACCAAUACAGACGCCUUUUCUGGCCGAGGGUUUCACUGCAAAACGUGGUGUGAAAUAUGGACACGAGACUGAAAUAUCUAAAAUGAAAAUGGCACCAGGACGGUGCUCAAAACUCAUGGCAGUAGCUAUUGCAAAUGAGCUUCGAGAGUGUUGGAUUGGCAACUCAUUGGUCAUGCAGUUGACUUAUCUUGCCAUCAAUUAUCCCAACAUUGGUAGAUUAUUAUAUACAUACCUGGGACCAGCUUUCAUGCAAAAGUUGAGAGACAGCAAAGUGACCACGCAAGAUGGACAAGGUUCGGAAGGACGGAGUAACUAAGAUCGUCAUAUGUGCCUUAUAUAGAGCUCCGUCUCUACUUAUUUUUUCACUUGAUUUUUUUUAUUACGUUUUUGUACACAAGAUGAAACGAUUGACUGGUAAUAGUAGAAAACUUAUUUUUA